AGCGAGGCGGCGGCGGCGGCGGCGACGACGCGUAGGCUAAUCUUCUUGUUCCUUCUGGCGCCUUCGAUCAAUCAUCCAUCGCGCGCACGCGCGCGUCUGUCCUAAGGCGAUACAAAUUUGCACAUCUCGUGCAUCAUGACCGCGACGAUACUGCUCACUUGUGCGCUCCUCCUCAUCGGCUGCCGAUAUUUCGGAGGAAACGCAUCGCGGAGUGUCGGGAAAGAUCCCGCCUUCGCUCUCUCGGGCGAGGCCAUUCAUCACAGGCUGGAGACAGGGUCCUAUGGUUCAUCUGACGCAAGCUCUGGAGAGGGAGAUGGAAUUCGCGCAUUGGAAAGCCACAAGCUUGCUGCAACGUCCCGGAAGCUACUUGCUGGAAAUUCGUGCACCAGCAAAGACAUUAGCAUUUCUCAAGGCCGCGACAGCUCGUCGUCUGGGAUCCCGCAGUACGUUGUCCAGAUCGUGAAUACCUGCAUGUCCGACUGUGCGCCUUCCAACAUCCACGUCUUCUGCGGCUGGUUCGCUUCGGCGCCGCUUGUCAAUCCCAAGGCCUUCCGGCGGCUGAAUUACGACGACUGCCUUGUGAACGAUGGGAAGCCACUGAGACACGGCGAGAUCAUCCGCUUCCAGUACGCCAACUCCUUCAUGUAUCCUCUCCGGUUCAAGUCGGCCAAGUUCUGCUAAGGAUCAGGUACUUUGGAGAGAUGGAUCCAGCAGCGCAGGGCAGCAAAUCUAAAACUAGGAACCAAGGAAUUCGAGCACGGACGACAGCUUGUAUAGCCAACUAGGAAGGAAAAGGAAAGGGGCAGCAGAAGAAUGACUUUGGUGGACAGGACAUUUGGGACAGCAGGACAGGACAAGGAACAGGACAUGGAGCUGUGCGUGCAUUUUGAUUGACUCGAGAGGAUUUCCAGGAUACGUAGCUGUAGAGCUAGCUCAGAGAUUUUUUGGAAGACGAUGGAGGCAACACCGAGCAACGAGGCCAGGCCGAGCGAGAGUGAGCUCUCUCGAUCGAGACACUCUGCAUUGGGACUUGACGACACUCUCUCGGUGUCACUUUGGCCACUUUGCGACUACGGUACAUAUAUAUAGAGAGGAUUCGACGGGCAGCCAGCAGCAGCAGCAGCAGAUCGGCGGCAACACCCAUUGAAGUGAAGAGAGUCUCGUCAUCCGGCGAUGGAUCAGCCAAAACUUAAGAGGUACCUACAUUGUUUCGCUUUGUUUCUCUGCUUGCUGAGCUCUGCGUUUGAAGUAAAUACAUACGACCAGCUAAUAAUCUCCGCUGUGAUGUCCAUGAGUGACGAGCGAGCGAGAGAGCGCUGCGAGAGCGUCUCCUUUUCGCUGCAAUUGAUCAUCGACCCGAUCGAUCACUCCAGGGACUAGCUGAAGUGAGUGAUAGCAGUGACUGGUACACCAUCAAUCGAGCUCGGUGGUAGUAAUGGCCGCCGUGGUGUGGUGGUGGUGGUGACGCUGAGCGAUUAAAAAGAGACCACAGUCUGGGGUCUGGGCUGGAUGGAUGGACUCUGCUAUUUGUCCUAGCUAUCAGGCAAGAGAAAAAAUGGGACGGUCUCUCUUUAAAUUCC